AUGAAGUUAUUCAACUUAAAGGCGAGCAAUUGUUGGACUGACAAGGGUUUUACGCAGUUGUUAGAAGCCUUAGUAGAAAUGUUUCCCGACGGGAAUGAACUUCCAAACUCCACCUAUGAGGCCAAGAAACUUAUGUGCCCCUUGGGUAUGGAGUAUGAGAAGAUACAUGCUUGUCCCAAUGACUGUGUGUUGUAUCGAAAUGAGUAUGCUGAUUUGCAUGAGUGUCCAAGGUGUGGAGUUUCUCGUUACAAGAUGAAUGAUACUGGUGAGAUGUGUAAGAAAGGGUCUCCGGCUAAGGUAUUAUGGUAUCUUCCAAUUAUACCGAGAUUUAGGAGACUCUUCUCGGAUGAAAAAAAUGCAAAAUUAUUGAGGUGGCAUGCUGAUGGGAGGAAGAAAGAUGGGUUAAUGAGGCAUCCUGCUGAUUCCCCGCAAUGGAGGAACAUUGACCGAAAGUUUAAGGACUUUGGUGAAGAAGAUCGAAAUCUUAGGCUUGGUCUUAGUACAGAUGGAAUGAACCCAUUUGGGACACUAAGUACCCAAUAUAGCACCUGGCCGGUUCUACUAACUAUCUACAAUUUGCCUCCUUGGUUAUGCAUGAAGUCUAGAUACAUUAUGUUUUCCCUUCUAAUAUCUGGGCCUAAACAACCUGGAAAUGACAUUGAUGUGUAUCUAGCGCCUCUCAUUGAAGAUUUGAAAUUGUUGUGGAAUGAAGGUGUCCAAAUGUUUGAUGCAUAUAGUAAAACCAAUUUCACUUUACGUGCCAUGAUUUUUUGUACGAUAAAUGACUUCUCAGCUUAUGGGAAUUUGUCGGGGUACACUGUGAAGGGAAGAACUCCUUGCCCCAUUUGUGAAGAUGAUUUGGAGGCAUUGUGCCUAGACAAUUGUGGCAAGCAAGUAUACAUGGAUAAUCGAAGACAUCUUCCAGAAGACCACCCUUUUCGAUUCAAUAAGGGGUCUUUUAAUGGAAAAGUGGAGUUGAGAGAAGCUCGUGGCCCUUUACGUGCAAGUGUGGUUUAUCAGCGGGUCAAAGAUAUUGAGAAUGAGUUUGGUAAGCCUUACAAAAGCAAAUCAACUCGGGGUUACAAGAAGAAGUCUGAGCUAUGGUCUCUUCCAUAUUGGAGACAUUUGGAAGUUAGACAUUGUCUAGAUGUAAUGCAUAUUGAGAAAAAUAUAUGUGAUGCCAUCGUGGGAACUUUAUUAAACAUGCCAGGAAAGACAAAGGAUGGAGUUAAAGUAAGAAAAGACAUGGCUGCUAUGGGUCGUUCAGAGUUGGCACCCGAAUCUCGAGGAAAACGCUGGUAUCUUCCCCCAGCUUGCUUUACCUUGUCUAAAAAGGAAAAAAUUAGCUUCUGUGAUUCAUUGCAUGGUUUAAAGGUCCCGGCUGGAUUUUCUUCUAAUUUUCGUAGACUUGUGUCAAUGUCUGACUUGAAAUUGGGUGGCAUGAAAUCUCAUGAUUGUCAUGUCUUGAUGCAACAAUUAUUACCAGUUGCCAUUUGA